GUUAAGUAAGAUAACUGGCUGAUGCCUGGGAUGCCAUGACUGAGUUAUGCUGGAGGGAGGGAUUGUCCCAGAGCAAAUAUGAGGCAUUUUAUAAUGGGAGCUGGGCUUUCAGGUACAGUGCUGAUUGCUGGGAUUUCAUAUUUAAUGCCAUUUGUAUACACACACAGACACAAGUGUGGGGACUCUCCAUUCAUUUCUAUGGGCAUUACCUUAAUCCCAACUAUGACGACCUUAACCCCUACCCAGCCCACAACCUUAACCAUAAGUAACCAAACAAAAUACGAGACUUUUGCAUGUUUUAGCUAUUUGACCGUAUUCAGAGGUUUUUGUAAAAUUGUUUUAUAUUGUUUGCGCCUGAAAAAUGUCCCCACAAAAACGUGGCCACAAAAAAACACACACACACGAUUUUGAAUUUCCAUAGUGUAAUAUUAUAGCUAUAUUUUCUUUAUCAGAAGACUGUCAUGAUUUAGUAAGCUAUUAAGCAUAAGCAGAGUUUGAUGUUUGCGCUUUCGUGGUGAGGCAGGUAUCUGAUGCAUAUAUAACCUAUCGUUUUGUAUCGAGUCCUAGCAUAUAACAUAGUUCAAUGCUGGUCUUGCCAGUUAAUUUCAAUCAAGACUCGAGUGAUAGAAUAUUAAUUCAAAGAACGAAAUGCGGGCACUGCGUUAAUCUUGUACAUUGAAUUGACAUUUACCUGCAACGGUGGACUGAAGCUUCGUUAUGUCAGACACAGAUUCGAGAGAACCGUUUUGCUCUCUUCAUAUUUUAAACUUACAUGCAUGCAUUGUAAUCAGUGUUAAAUUAAUAGCAUACACGCUCCACAAGGAGGUAUCCUCGGAAACCAAUAACUGAUUAUUUUCAUACACUAAUGAUAUGUAAUGCGGCGAGGGCGUUCGGGAAAUCCUUGGCUUGUUGCUGCUAGGCAACCUUGGGGUUUUCCUUAUAUGGAAAGGAAAAGGGGGCUUCACCGCCGUAUUUAUAAUGAAAACAAGGGAAAUUGUUGAUAAUCAUUAAAUGGCCACAUAAAGCCCAACGUAAACGAGAAUUAGGGAAGCCCAAGACGCAUCCCGCUCGGGAAUUCCUGCAUUGAACUUCUCCGCGGCCGUAUUAAUAAUGAGAUGAGAAAAGGGGUUUCCCGUGCGGCGCGGGCAGUGCCACCCCCCUUCACUCCUAUGGCAGGGCCCGGGGAUCUCGCCGUUACUGCAGCAAAAUGGAAACGGAAUGUUCCACUCUGAUUGCACGAGGGGUGUAUGUGUGUCCGUGCACUUUCGUUUUGCAUAUGAAGUUGUACGAUGUGCGCGUAUUGGAGCAUGUAAGGAACAGUCGUGGAAGGGAUAUCACCUGCACCGGAUUUGUCCUUCAAAAGCUGCGAUCGCCGGAUUAAAAUCAAUCUGCUGUACUGAUCGUAUAAAUGAGAGGUUCCCGAUUCGGCUGAAGGCAUGCUGGAAAAACUUGAACUAGAUGAAGCUGUUGAAGAGCCAGAGAGUGAUAUUUACAUGCGGUUUAUGAAAUCCCACAAAUGCUAUGAUAUCGUUCCGACCAGCUCGAAGCUGGUCGUUUUUGACACUACAUUGCAGGUUAAGAAGGCCUUCUUUGCACUGGUGGCCAACGGGGUCCGAGCUGCGCCGCUGUGGGAGACGAGGAAGCAGAGUUUUGUGGGAAUGUUGACAAUCACCGACUUCAUCAUCAUCCUGCAGAGAUACUACAAGUCUCCUAUGGUACAAAUAUAUGAGCUGGAGGAGCAUAAGAUUGAGACUUGGAGAGAGCUUUAUCUUCAAGAAACCUUUAAGCCAUUAGUCAACAUCUCACCUGAUGCCAGCCUGUUUGACGCAGUGCAGUCUUUGAUCAAGAACAAAAUCCACCGGCUGCCCGUCAUAGACCCCGUCACCGGCAACGCACUUUACAUCCUCACCCACAAGAGGAUCCUCAAGUUCCUUCAGCUUUUCGUGUGCGAGAUGCCCACGCCUGCCUUUAUGAAGUGUACCUUGGGGGAGCUGGGCAUCGGCACCUACAAGGACAUUGCCUUCAUCCACCCCGACACGCCCAUCAUCAAAGCGCUCAACGUGUUUGUAGAGCGGAGGGUGUCGGCCCUUCCUGUCGUCAAUGACUCAGGGAAAGUUGUUGAUAUUUAUUCCAAAUUUGAUGUCAUAAACCUGGCCACUGAGAAGACGUACAACAACCUGGAGCUGAGCGUGACGCAGGCGCUGCAGCACCGCUCCCAGUACUUCGAGGGCGUGGUCAAGUGCCACCUGCUGGAGACCCUGGAGACCAUCGUGGACCGCAUCGUCAGGGCCGAGGUUCACCGGCUGGUCGUGGUGGACGAAGGUGCCAGCAUCGUGGGCAUCGUCUCGCUGUCGGACAUCCUACAGGCCCUGGUGCUGACGCCGCAGGGCACCAGCCGGAAGGAGGGAGGAGCCGAAUGAGGCGUGGCAGAGCCGUGGGGUGUCUGGGACGGGUGGUAGGCUAGGCGGAGGCCACGCCGCGCUGGGAAGUGAGGCCAUUGCUGCCAGGCCACAGGGUGGACGGCUGGGGGGAGGGGUCACCGUGCACCAGAGCAUCACCCAUCCCCCGUAACGGUGUCACGGGGCUCCUUGGAGCUGCGGUGGUGGUGUCAUCUUCACCGGAGGGGCAGUCUGUUCUGCUCAGAGCAGCGAGAGCCCGGGGAAAAUGAGCUGCUUCUUCAAUAUAGCUGCCAGAAGACGUGGUGACGUAAUGAUGGCACCCAUAAGAACUACAUUUCCCACGAUCCCCUUCACGCGGCACCCAUGUGACAGAGUUCCCGCAUACAUUGUUCUUGAGCAGAAGUUGAAGGUCUUAAACCAAAAUUGGAUGCCAGUUGAACUUUAAUAGUCAGAUGGUUGCUUUUUAACUGAGGAUUUUUCUGACAUGCUGUGAAGAAAGAAUAUUAAAGCUUUAUUUUUGCGUACUGUUUUUUUUUUUUUUUUGAGUAGAAAGCCACCUGUUUGGUGUUGGAUGGACUCAAAGCAUGCAUAAGGUAAUUUAAAAAAAAUCCUGCUGCAGUGUAAAUAACAGGUUCCUUCUACUGUAAAUAAAAGGUUAAUAGUGACCGGAAUAAAAGUGUAUUUUCCGUGUACGAAAACGUAAGUUUGGUUUACCGUUUGCUUUUUCCUCUUGUGUAAGUUGUACUGUGGUGUCAGAUGGGUACUUUCAUUGAAUGAAUGUUAUUGGCAUGUGAAUGUUGUCAAACACAAUGACGGGAGGUGGGUUUUUUCUUGAACAUUUAUUGAGACUUUGUCUGUUUUUAUACCAAAUAAACUGUGGAGGGGUAAUGUGAACGCGCUGUGCUACCAAAGUACCACCUUGUCUGAAAAGGCUAACGCUAACGCUAAAACAACCGUUUGUCCAUGAGAAAGGCACCGAUGGCCUUUGUGUGCAUGAUCUGAUUAUUUAAAUGUAAAAAGCAAAUUAAAUGUAUUCAAAAUA